AAAGAUGCAACUGUGUGGCGUAAACCAUCAGAGGAAUUCUGUGGAUAUCUCUACAAAGCUCAAGGAGUGGUGGAAGAUGUUACUAACAGAAUAGUGGAUCAUAUUCGCCCUGGACCUUAUAGGCUAGACUGGGACAGCUUGAUGACUACAAUGGACAUCAUGGAAACUUUUGAAGAGAACUGCUGUGUGAUGCGCUACACCACUGCUGGCCAGCUCUGGAACAUCAUAGCACCAAGGGAGUUUGUGGAUUUCUCUUACACUACAAGCUAUGAAGAUGGGCUUCUAACAUGUGGUAUAAGCCUAGACUAUGGAGAGGUGAGACCUAACUUUGUCCGUGGAUUCAAUCACCCUUGCGGUUGGUUCUGCGUCCCUCUCAAGGACUAUCCUAGCCACAGCCUUUUGACAGGCUAUAUUCAGACUGAACUGCGAGGGAUGCUACCACAAUCUGCAGUAGACACUGCCAUGUCUAGUACCCUGGCCAAUUUCUACUCUGACCUCAAAAAGGCACUGAAAACAUAGACAAACAGUGACUUAAAAGCCCAUGCGUUUCUUGCAAUCAAACUAUAUUGUUUAGCUUAGCAUAGGUUAGCUACUGAGUUAAGAGGUGAGUAACAUUGUUCCUGAAUGAUACCUGAACCUUUAUGUAGAGGGAUCCAAACAACUUUACCAAGUACUUUUUGAUGUGAUACUUAGCACACAUUCCUAAUUCACAGCGCAAGAUUCUGUUUCCUGUUCAGCACUCUGCAGCUGUGUGAGGAGUAGUCUGAAUCUAUAAACCUCUGGCUUCCUAGGUAGAAAACACAAGGUGUGUGGGGGGACUUGACUUGAAAAAUGCAGCAUGAACUCAGCUCUCACCAACAGUAUUGAGAGUGGAGUGCUCAGGAUUUUGCAGGUGCAGGUCGCUGUACAGGCAGGAUCUCACUGAAGAUGUGAUUUUGUAAUAUAUAUAUUUUUAUAUUUACUUAAAAUUUUUGAUUUAUGUAGUUUGUACGGGUGCAUCUGUAAUUUGUUUUAAAAGAUUUGCUUUGAUUUAUCGUAGGGAUUACAUAGCUAAGUUGUUAAAUUAUACUAUUCAUAAGAAAGCUAUUCGCUCUUGUUAGUAAAAAUAAGUAUUCAUUAUUGGCAUUUCUUUGAUGUUGUAACUGUAACUUAAUUAACUGUUAUAUAUAACAGUCUCAGUGCAUAGAUAAAGAAAUGCCCUUACAGCUGAUCCAAAGCUCAUUUAAGUCAUCAGGUGUCUUUCCAUAGUUUUUACUGGGCUUUUAAUCACACAGUUGUCAAAAUAGGAAACUUCCAUUGGAUCUUCUGUGAUACUCUGCACUUCUAAAGAAUUUUUUACUUAAAUUUGCAUGUAAUUGUGUGUGUGGGUUUUUUGUGUCUUCCUUAACUGAACAACCUGGAAUUACUAAAGCGACAGAAAGGACCACUAUAUAGUAUAGGUAUAGGCAUUGGUGUAGCCACAACGGCACAGACUGCCAGCAUGCUGGUACAGCACACUGGAGUGUUCUGUGGUAGUACCCCUAGAUUGAUCUUUGCAAUAAAUGAAGUGAGCAUCUUAAAACAUGAGCAACUGAAGGCCAAAGCUCAAGCUGCAGAGUUGCUCAGAUCUGCUGGAGGAUGGAGGGUGAGAUUUUUAAGGAUAUUUAGCCAGCCAGUGAUGCUGACAGGUACAUAGCAGGGACUUUCAAAAGAUUACUGUCUGUGCUGUUAGGAACCUGAAUUCUGUUUAAAACCUGACAUUAAGCUUUUAAUGUUGGCAUGCAUCAUUUGCUCAGGUGAGAUUGUAAUUAUCCCUAUGCUUUACCAGUGCUAGUAGAGGCAAGUUUAGCUGCAUAGUAAAUAGGGAAAGUACCUCGGAGCCCUAAUAUUUUGGGGGCAUUUCUAUGCAUACAAUCCAAGGACUGAUAAUGGACUCUUAGGAAAAAAAAAUUCAGAUGAAAAUUGUUCCCCUGCAAUAUUGGCUCUUUGGACACUGGCCACUGUAGCUGAACUCUGAACAGUGAGGACUUUUCUUUCUCAUUGCUCAAGUGGAGAGGUAGAAAAGAGAUGACACCAAGUAUAGUGAGGGCUCUCCCAACAUGCUUCAUGUAUUG